AUGACCAAGAAUGCCGGGAAGGAUGCCUUCCACCUGAGGGUCUGGGUCCACCCGUUCCAUGUCCUUCGUAUCAACAAGAUGCUUUCAUGUGCUGGGGCUGAUCGGCUCCAGACUGGAAUGAGGGGUGCUUUUGGCAAGCCCCAGGGUACCUGUGCUCGCGUGGACAUUGGUCAGGUCCUCCUUUCUGUGCGCUGCAAGGAAAGCAAUGCUAAUCACGCUGAAGAAGCCCUCCACCGUGCCAAGUUCAAGUUCCCUGGCCGCCAAAAGAUCAUCCGCAGCAGGAAGUGGUAUGGUUUCACCAAGUUCACCCGUGCUGAGUAUCUGAAGUACAAGAGUGAGGGUAGGAUCGCACCUGAUGGUGUCAAUGCUAAGCUACUUGGUGUUCACGGUCCCCUGUCUAAGCGUGCCCCUGGGAAGGGGUUCCUUGCAGAGAACAUUCAAGCGUCUGCGUAG